GAAACGUCGAAGAGACGACAAUGUCGGCUGCGAAGCCCGAGAUAAAGAACUGGAAAGAAUACAAUCGUAAACGGAAGGAACUUCGCAAACAAUGGAGAGAGGAGAAGCUGAUAAAGAAAACGAAAAAGGAGGAGGAAAGCAAGAACGAAGCACAGGAACAGGUAGAGAAGAGUGACGUGAAAUACGAGCAGAGGGACGUCUGCACCGUGAGCAUAGCGGUGCCCGGAUCGAUUCUCGAUAACGCGCAAUCCCCGGAGUUGCGUACCUACGUGGCGGGACAAAUCGCACGUGCCGCCUGCAUCUACAUGGUGGACGAGGUUAUAGUGUUCGACGACAAAGGCGACGUUACGGAAGACGAGAAGCGGAAGAUUAGAAAGGACGAUGUGCUAGGCGAGGGUAGGGUCGGAUGUCUGCAGUUAGCCAGGAUACUGCAGUAUCUCGAGUGCCCGCAAUACCUGAGGAAAUAUUUUUUUCCAAUUCAUAAGGAUCUGCAAUACGCAGGCCUGCUGAAUCCUCUGGAUGCACCGCAUCAUCUGAGACAAGAGGCUGAGUCCCUGUAUCGAGAAGGUAUAGUCACCAAUAAGCCUAUAAAGCCCGGCAGAGGCUCCCAGGUAAACGUGGGACUGUUGAACGAAGUUCAUGUGGAUAAGGUGUUGAUGUCUGGACUGAGAGUGACAGUGAAAAUACCAGAGAAUCAACAGAAUCGAAAGAAAUUAAAGGGCAUCGUUGUAUCACCCAAUAUCCCACGUGCAGAGACUGGUAUUUAUUGGGGUUAUACUGUCAGGCUGGCCAAGAAUCUGACAGAAGUCCUGAUAAAUUGUCAGUAUAAAGGAGGAUAUGACCUGACAAUUGGAACGUCUGAGAAGGGAAUGUCGAUUGAUGAAAUAGAAGCAAAAAGUUUAGAAUAUCAUCACUGUCUCAUAGUAUUCGGAGGACUCGCCGGAUUGGAAGCCGCCGUGGACGUGGAUCCGCAUUUAGAUGUCGACGAUCCGUCCCUGGUGUUUCAUAAAUACUUCAACACAUGCCCACAGCAAGGAUCGCGAACAAUUAGAACAGAAGAAGCUGUUCUUUUGACUUUAGCUGAAUUAAGGACUAAACUAGUGCCUAAAGAAAUUACGAAAGAUAUUUUAGGAAAAUAGUGAAUGAAGAAGGUAGAAAUAAAUACAUUUUUUUCUAAAGUUGGAUUUUAUCAUUUAAGUGAUACUGUAUCAAAAAUACACGAAUCUUUAUACAUAUA